CAGAGGCUAGGCGCCGUUCAACAGAGUCCAGUUUAUUUAGUUUGAUACUAAGUUCGUCUAUUUUAUUUGUUAACACAUCUAACUUUGAAUUAAAAUCGUUUCCGAUCACCGGGGGUGACAUAUAACCUACAAACUGUCCCUGUGGGCCCGGUGGCCCAUAUUGACAUUGUUGAUAACCUGCUAGUGGCGUAGAGUGAAGUUGGUAUUGUUGUGAAGAGUUAAGUGAGUUGUUAUUCAAUAAACUCAUUCUAGUAUCCUGAGAGAAGUUUGAAUUGAAGUUAAGACUAUCAACUGAUCGAUCAAUAUGGAAAGUGUAAAGAUAUUGUUUGUGCUGUGUUUAAUAUUAGAAUGCUGCAACUGCUGGGUAAAUAAGUUUGACGAGCCAGUAUGGUAUGAAUGUCCAGCCGGGGAACAGCUUAGUUCAAUAACCAGUGAACAUGAUAAUCAUUUCGAGGACAGACAAUGGGACUUCACGUGCGCCCAUUUGGCCCCAUUGGGCUUAUGUUCUUGGCAUAAUAAUAUUAAUCAGCAUGACGGAGUAAUGGAUUUUAAAUGUCCAGAUUCGGGUGCAAUAACUGGUAUCAAAAGUGUCCAUGACAACAACAAAGAGGAUAGGAUUUACCACAUCGAAUGCUGUGCAAUGUCCAACACUCCUAAUGUAUGCAAAUUGACAGAUUAUGCAAACGAAUUCGAUGGCCUCCUUGAUUACAAAAUUCCAACUAAUAAAUACCUAAAUGGGAUAUACAGUGUGCACCAAAAUUUUCAAGAAGAUCGACGUUUUAAAUUCAAUGAAUGCGACCUUUCGUAA